CUCUCGCCCUCUCGCAUCUUACUAAAAGCCCUCCAUCACCUCCCCGCCACCCACCCCCCGCACACCACCCCCGCGCUCUCAUCUCCGGUAUGAGUUCGAUAGAUGCUGCGUCGUCGGCGCCGAAGCCGUCGGCCUCUGUGAAGUUGGUUCUUCUCGGCGAGGCUGCUGUCGGCAAGUCCAGUCUGGUGCUGCGGUUCGUUAGCAACGACUUCCAAGAGAACAAAGAGCCUACUAUCGGUGCUGCGUUUUUGACCCAGAAAUGCUCCUUGCCUACCAGGACGAUCAAGUUUGAGAUAUGGGAUACUGCUGGACAAGAACGGUUCGCUUCGCUGGCGCCGAUGUACUACAGAAAUGCGCAGGCGGCGUUGGUCGUCUACGACCUGACGAAGCCCACUUCGCUCAUCAAGGCGCGCCACUGGGUAAGCGAGCUGCACGCGCAGGCGAGUCCCAAGAUUGUGAUUGCGCUCGUGGGCAACAAGCUCGAUCUGUGCAACGACGGCAGCGAAAGCGACGAGGAAGAAGACCGUCGCAAGGUCUCGACCGAGGAAGGCAAGAAGUUUGCCGAAGAGGAAGGGCUUCUGUUUUUCGAGACCUCGGCCAAGACGGCGGCUAACGUCGAGGAAGUGUUUUUGGCUAUCGCGGCAAAGAUCCCCGAGGAGAUUGUCAACAAGCGGAUCGCGUCGGGCUCGAGAGGCAGAGCUGGCGCGGGCGAGAGAGGUGUGGAUUUGGAAGCCCAUGGCGAGAACGGAGCUCAGGGAUGUGCUUGCUAAAUUUUCGGAUUUUUCUUCUUAUAUUGUUGUUUGUUUUCUCCUUUUUUACUUUCUUGAGGCUUUCUAAUUAUAUUUCCAUUACUUAUCUUGCGUCUAUUGACUCUUUCUCUCAGUGUUUGUCCUACUCUGUUUGUUGAAAGAUUGCUGCCUUGUUUGUUGUGAAUGCGUACCGUGUGCUCUCUGUGUCUAUUC